CAGAAAGGAGAGAAUAGAAAGGGAAGAGAAGAGAAGAGAAGAGAAGAGAAGAGGAGAAAGAAAGCAUUCAAAACGAACGUUUGAAGAAAACAAAAAAUCACAGACAACGCUUUUCUUCUCACCGGAACCCUAACAAAUCUCCGGCAACCACCGCCGUCUAUGGCGUUCUUCUCCACUACCAUUACACAAUCUCUCCGGCUACUCUGAACAUCCCUUCUCAUUCUUCCUGUCGCCGGAAAUGGCCAAUGAACCACCGUCCGAGAACCUUACGUCGUUCUCGGUAACGGUUUCGGUUAAUCAUCGAAUAAUAAUAACUAAUUAAGUAAUCUGUUGAGGCGAUCGUAACUAACCGCCCGUCAAUCGCGGAAAGGUUGUUAGGGCGGUUAUGGCGAAGGGAGGACAAUGCUUGUUCGAGAAGCUUCGGAGGUUUAUUCGAACGGUUUUCUUUGUUGUUGCAUUGGUGGUUUCGCUGAUUGUUACGUCGCUUCCGGUGGUUGUUGCGGUGGUUGAUGUUCUUGUACCAUGCGUUUUGAUCUCGAAUUUUACUUGUGUUAAGUGCUAUGGUUUGAAGGAGCAUUUUCGCCGUUACUCUUUCAAGAGUUCUUUGAUUGAUAUUCCUCUUGUUUCAGUCAUAAGAUCUUUCGUCAUUAUAUGUGUUUAUUCUAUUUGUGAUGGCCCUGCUCUUUCACAUGGUCCUUACCUUGGAACUGUCACUCUGUGUUCCUUUUCCUCAAUUGUUCUCCUUUCGGUCAAAGCUUGUGUUUUCACUGUAAAUUCCCAGAUUGAAGCUGAAGCUUCAGUAGCUUCUCUAAAAAGACAGAGACUUCAUUUGAAGAAGUCAUGGGGAAUGCCGGUGUUGUUCCUUUCGUCGGUUGUGUUUGCUCUUGGCCAUACUGUUGCUGCUUAUAGAACCAGCUGCAGAGCAAGGAGAAAGCUCUUGUUUCAUCGCGUUGACCCCGAAUCUGUCCUAUCGUGCAAAAGUGUUUUCUCUGGCUAUUCAAAGGUCCCUCGUUCUCCUACUCCUUCUGGUGGGAGAACCCCAAAAAGUGACGGUGAAAUGAGGCGGAGACCUUUUGGGACUGCUCGUGACGAAGAAUUGCAGGCCAGAUUACUCGCAGACUCAGACAGCUCAUUCAUUACAUGCCAAGGAAUUACUCUUCAUUACAAGCUCAACUUACCUGGUUCACCUCCACAUACUUUGGCCUCAACAUCCUGUGUUGAAUUGAAUUCUAGUUGCAGCAUUUCAUCAGUGUCUGUUGGGUUGGAGAAAGUGGAUACACAUUGGAUAGAUAUGUCUCCGAAGAUAGAGACGCAUCUAUACAGAAGCUAUAGCAAUCAACUCAAUGGAUCAUCUCUGUAUGCUCCUCUAUUAGAUAGUACUGCAACCUCUGUUUUUUCUGAAGGUGUCCCUAUUUUUCAUCUAAAUGGUAUUUGUGAAGAAGAUGACAGUAGUAAAUUGGGUUCUUUAUCUCUGGAACAAAGUAUUGGCCAAUUAGGUGUUGUUUUAAUACACGGGUUUGGUGGAGGAGUUUUCUCUUGGAGGCAUGUGAUGGGGUCUCUAGCACGGGAGAUUAAUUGCACAGUCGCCGCGUUUGAUAGGCCUGGAUGGGGAUUAAGUGCAAGGCCGCGUCGGGAAGACUGGGAAAAAAAGGAGUUGCCUAAUCCUUAUAAGCUUGAAAGUCAGAUUGACCUGCUUUUAUCAUUCUGUUCUGAGAUUGGAUUUUCUUCAGUGGUGUUGAUUGGUCAUGAUGACGGAGGACUGCUUGCUCUUAUGGCUGCACAAAGAGUUCAAAAAUCAAGUAAUUAUUGUAAUGUUACUAUAAAAGGGGUUGUAUUGCUAAAUGUUAGCUUGUCAAGGGAAGUGGUUCCAUCCUUUGCAAGAAUCCUCCUGCAUACCUCACUUGGAAAGAAGCAUUUGGUGCGUCCUCUACUAAGGAUGGAAAUCACUCAAGUUGUAAAUCGGCGUGCUUGGUAUGAUGCUACCAAAUUGACUACAGAAGUUUUGAAUCUCUACAAGGCUCCAUUAUCUGUUGAAGGAUGGGAUGAAGCUGUUCAUGAGAUUGGUAAAUUGUCAUCUGAAACCAUCCUUUCAGCGAAAAAUGCAGAAUCAUUGCUACUAGCUGUAGAAGACAUUCCGGUGUUAGUUAUUGCAGGUGCUGAAGAUUCCCUUGUCUCCUUAAAAUCUUGUCAAGCUAUGGCCUCAAAACUUGAAAAUUCUAGACUAGUUGCAAUAUCUGGAUGUGGCCAUUUACCUCAUGAAGAAUGUCCAAAGGCAUUGCUUGCAGCUAUAUCACCUUUCAUUAGUAGACUCAUGUCUGCAUCGGGCUCGCAAAGCCAAUAAGUUUUAAUUAUUUUAAUGAUUUUACAUAGGGUUUUUAUUAGGGAUCUUCAUUUUCCCCCCUUUUUUUUUAACUCUACGAGAAAGAGACUAAAGAGUCAUCUUUUCUCUGGGGGUGUUUUUGACAUCUUAGUUUUUAGGGGUUUUGAUCUGUGUAUUUUCUCCACCUUUUCUGCCUUAGUUGUCAAUAUUAUGUUCGUUUCAGCUAGAUGUCAUUUUCCAUUAACAGAAGAGAGUGGAUACAUUUGUAAAUUCAUCAUCAUCAGAUUGAGACUGAAUAUAAUGUAGCAUUGUUUAAAACAACUACA